CCUGGUUUCUGCUCAAAGCAGAAUGCCAGCGUGCAUCAACCCGUCGGCGGAAACAUGAUCACCAAUGCCGCGGGUCAAGCUGAAGAGGAUGAUUUCGAUGGUGACUUGGACCAGGAUCCGGAUCUCAUCACAGAGGUGGAUACAGCCCGACAGAGAAUAAAGCAGCUGACUCAUGAGCAG